GCUCACGAGAACUGAGAGCGGCUGUGAGUUGUUUACCUGUAGCCUAUUGGCAGUCUUUCGUGAAUUGUUGACAAGAAACGCGUUUGACUUGCGGUGCGAGACAACGUGCGCGCAUUCGACAAAAGCUACGUAAGACGAUAAGGUAAAGACACAGAAUGAUCGUAGCGUUUAAGACGUGUAUAUCAGUUAGUGGCAGUAGUUGGGCAGAGACGGGCGCGAACAAAUGACGUGUGGGGGUGUACGAAGUAAACAAAUGCAAGCAAAUGAUAUAUGAUUUUGUGAAGAAAACUGGACUCUAAGCGAAAAUAAUAAACAAAAACGAAUAGUUUAGCAAAGCAAGUAAAUAAGUGUUGAGAAAGUGCAUAUGUUGAAGAAUUUUAUAUAUGAGUGCUUCAUUUAUUAAAAAUUACUAUCGAGCGUUAAACUUCAAAGUCGCAAAAAACCAGCAUUUACUAUGCCAAAUUUACACAAAAGCAGUGUCUCGCCUAUGAAAGUUCCAAGUCGAAGAAGAACUUGCUAAUUGCUACUAACAAGAGUAGUUAUUGUGAUGACAUGAAAAAAACAACAAUAAUCUUAUGAACAGCAACAGAAAAUCACAGUUGACCACAAUUCGUUUGGUGCGUGUUUCGAAUAAGACAGUCUAAGAAAGUCAACACAAAACAAAACAGAAAGUUCAAAACAAAAAGAAGUGUGUGUAAUUCUGAAAAAUAAAACGAAAGCUUACAAAAAAGUGUUCGUAAGAAAACAAAGCCUUUGACUUUGUAAAGUCGUCACACAUUUUUAAGUGCUUCCCGAUUGAAGCACAAUUGCCAAUAAUUUUGGCUACUGACAUUUUUUCACUGUAUAAACGCCGCCUUUUACGAUUUCGAACACCGACAUAUUUGUAUAACGUGUACUCGAUACAUUUCCAAAGCUCUACAAAGUGCAACGGCUGUGGAAGCAAUACUGAUCAUCUAAAUCAACCAAUUUUCCAGCUCAGCUUUAUUACCAACAAACAAAAAAUGGCUUUCCAACGCAGCUACAGCAAAGUGUGGUGGGGCUCUGAUAAUCAACAGUUACCCUCAUCUUUGGCGCUAUCUUCAGCGGCUGGUGGCGCAUCCUCCAUCGGCGAUGGCAGCAGUUUGACAAGUGGCGGUUUUUACUACGGCUCUUACUUCACACAAAAGACACAACAACUGAACGCGCAGCGUUCGCGUUACAACAACCACAGUGGCGGGUAUCAUUCGCUGGAUUCGGGGAGCUUUCGUUCGCACUUGAGCAAUUUGUCGCGUAUACAGGAAGUCGAUGACGAACAGAACAACUCAAAGUUGUCGUGGGGCAAACGUGACAGUCCUGGCAGUCUACGCAGUCAGGACUCCGGCUUCUCUGAUAAUGAUGAGUCGCACAGUGGUCGCAGUCUCGGAGGACGUUCGUCGAAACCCUCAUCACCCAGCGCCAAAUCAACGGGCAGCGCGCGCAGUGCGGCCAGUUCGCCGAGUUCAGUGCACUCAGCGGCGGUUGAGACCCCACCCACAGUUAUCAGACGCGUAGGCAAAUCGGAAUUCUAUUCACCGCUGGUUAACGUAUCGCGACGUAUAUCAUUUUCCGGUUCACCUGCCACAACGACCGCGCUGGAUGCCGCAUUAGCCGCGAAGCAAGAUUCAACGUCAGCAUUGUCAAAAUGCUUGUCUGCUGAUGAGCUGUUGAUGGACGAGGCUGUGAGUGCUGCGAAGAAAUUGAAUUUCGACGAUGCCAAUGCGAGCGGUGGACUGGCCGUUCCCGCACCGCAGAAAGCGCAACAACAGCAACCGAAACGACGCCGCCGUAUCAUACGUCAGCCCACGAAACCCUUGUCACCCACAAAGCGCCGCACCUUACUCGAGGAAACAAAUAACAGUGAUGAGGAGCGCGAUGCCGGCAACGCAGUAAAAGACAGCAAUUCAUUUGAUGAGCUUGAUCGUUCAGCGGAACAUAAUCGUUCACGUACGCGUUUGCACGUUGUGCCAGAUUACAACAAUGAAACUGUCUAUCUUGGUGUGGCUGCCACAACUCCCACCGCAAAGCCGUACAACAAUGAAACAGUGGUACUGGGCGCCGCUGGUGAAAUUGCGAGCAACAUCAACGAAGAUAGCAACAACAAUAUGCUCAAGUACGAAGCGCUCGAUAUGGAUAACACGAUAUCGCCACUGAAAGAGACCGAACAGUGCUUUUUGGCCAGUACGAGCACACCGAAAGCCUCAGAAGGCAGUUGUGCAAAGCCCUGGACGCAGAUGUCUUUCCGUCACGUCACACAUGAGUAUGAUAAUCCAUUGUUAAAUGGACAUGCGCCGGAUCUGCAGCAUUGGUUGCAUGACUUGCGUUCAUCAUAUGAACAUGAAGUGAUGUCUACACUACAGACUAAAUCUAUAGCGCAAGAAGCCUUCAAGAAUUUAACGAUAACGACGAAUACCGUAGCCAAAUUGAUACGGCAGUUGCAGCAGCGCGCUCUUUAUAUGCAAUCGGAUUUUGAGCGAGUGGAGCGCAUAUUGUCCGGCGCGCAGGAGGCCACACUACACGAGGCGCUCUCUAGCGCUGAACAGCUGUUGGUGAAUGUCGCCGAGUUUACACAGGUGCUCGAGCGACGCGCUGUCUUCUUCAAUGAGUCGCGCUCCGAUCGCAAGCAUUAUGACGAAAAUAUUGAGCAGAUACGUAUAAUAACAAAGGACACACGCUACUCACUCGAGCGCCAACACUAUAUCAAUCUAGAGUCGUUGUUAGAUGAUGUGCACGUGCUGAAGCGCUACUUGCUGAUUAGUUUGCGUCAGCUGUUUGAGAAAAUGGUGCGCGUUAUCGUACAAAGUGUCGAACAGGGCCAUUGCGAUCUCAUGCUGCGCGCUAACAUCAACAUGAUUGCGACGCUAAUGAACAUCGAUUACGAGGGCUUCGCUUCGCUCACCGAUGCGUUCGUGCAGAAUGAAGCCGUGCGCGCCUUAUUCAUCGUCUGCCUUGAGAAUAAGUUAUCCUCAGUGCGCGCGCAAGCAUUGCGUGCACUUGCUACAGUUUGCUGCUCACCAGCGGCGAUUGCGCAGCUUGGCGCAUGCGGUGGCAUUGAAAUUGUGCGCGACAUUAUACAAGUGCCAGGUAAAGAGCGCAAAGGCGAGUUUAAGCGCGGUGAUAUUGAGCGCCGCGAGGCGGUCUCACUGCUGACGCAAAUCACUGCUGCUUGGCAUGGCCUUGAGCACCGCGUUGAUGGCCUGAAGGCGUGUGCAGAGAUCAUAGUGGAAGGGUUGACACAGUUGACAACGAGUACUGCUUGUGCGCAGACGCUGCUGUUAUGUGCAGCCGCUUUGAAUAAUCUAAGUCGCAUCGAGGUGACGUCACAUUACUCGAUAAUGUCAAAUGAGGCAAUCUUUAAAUUGAUCGAAGUGUUGCAGACACUUGGCGAAGAGGCAUCUAUUUUUCUUUACGAACAAAUCGUUGCCAUGUUGCACAACAUGUCGAUGAACAAGAAGUGCCACAGUCACUUGGCCAAUGGCAUCAUCAUAAAUUUCAUCACGUGCGCAUACCAAACGGAGUUCUAUAAAAGCUACAAAUCGCGAGCCGAAAGCGAUGCACAACGUCGCACUAUCAAAGCGAUUCUGCAUACAUUGACACACUUGGUGCACGAGUCUAGUCUGGGCAUUGAACUGCUGGAGCAGCAUCGCGUGCCAGCCUUUUUCCGACAGGCGCUGUCUAUUGGUGGCUGUAGUGCGGGUAUGGAGACAUGGUCCUUGGACGGUAGCCAUGGCAGAGACAUUUCGGCUUUGGCGCGCCAACUGCUACAGGCGCAAAAGCAGGAGCAAACUGUCGAGCAGAUCGGCCGUGAUGGUGUGCUGACGGCCUCUACUGGAAAUGGUGCUGGCGCGCAAGCGACUGCGGGCGCGUAUGGCGGUAGCGGUAGUGGCAAAGGCAAUUUCAAAUUCAAUUUGACGCGUCAGGAGAGUUUCGUCUGAGUGGCUGUUUGGGUGGCAUGCAACACAGUUGCAAAUGUAUUUGGCGCGUUGGGCGUUGAGCGCCUCGGGCCAUUAGGCCAUUACAGUCGUUGGCUCUGCGGUCAGUCAGAUGCUAGUCCAGUAAAUACAAUUACCGCUUGUGUUCUUCCGAUUCACGUCGUGUUUUCGAGACAAACGUGCAUGUAGCGUCGCAAAUGCACUGGCGGUGCCAUUGACGUGAGGCGCGCUCAGGAAUACAAAAGGAACUACCAAUGAAGCUGGUGAAGUGUAAACGAGUUUUUGCCACUUUUACUUGCUAAAAGUGCGCGCAAAGACUUUUUCAGAAAAUAAAAAAGAAAAUUGAUAUUGCAAAGUGUAUUUGUAUUGUUUAUUUAAAAGUAAAUGUAUGCAUAUAUUAUUUUAUAAUUUUAUUUAUGUUCUGUGUGUGUCGAAAAUUGCGCUUUUGACCGACAAACGUUGUAAAUAAAUUAAGUUGUAAAAAUGUUUAUAAAUUAGCAUAAAAGAAACAAAAAAAAAAAAUUUAAAUCAAAUGUAGACUAGUUAGUAUGUUGUAUGUGUGUAGUGCGCUAAUGAUUUACGCGUGAUUUUGAAAACAUGCCAUAAUUUCCGCAUUGCCUUUUGACAGCACUUGUAAUUAAAUUAAUUAUGUACAAACCAUUUCCACAUCGAAUGUGAGAAUCCAACGAAGUAACGUAGUCAGUUAUGUGCCAAAAAUUAUUAAAAUUUAUGUGUGUCGCUGUGUGACCGAUAUUAUCACUGUAGAAUAGCUAUAAUAUAUAUAUAUAGAAUAUAAUCGCUUGUGGACCAUAUUUUUUGCUGCUCUUGGUUUAUAAAUCACAAAUGACGCGCAAUAAUUUUGCCACUCAAAAAAUAUAAUAUAUUUAUGUUUAAAUGUUUGUAUAAAAUAUUGCGUAAUUUUUUAUGCAGACAAAUAUAUUAAUAAUUAAUUCACGAAUUUUAUUCAUACAAUUAAGUUUUUUCGUACUGUUCUCUUUUUUCGCAUCAUUAUUUAAAGAAAGUAAUAAAAAAGCAAUUCAAAUACAAA